AUGAGGGAAAGACGACGAUAUGUGCAGGCAGCGAUGGUCAUGUCGUCACAUUCGACAUGCGAACUCAAUCGAAAGCUACACAUUUCACCAUUGGUACCUCGUAUCCACCCGGCCGUUCACACGUCCGUGGGACUAAUGCAAGCUUAUCCAGGCAAAGCGGUCAACGCAGUAGUGUGCAGGGGACAUGAUGUCGCUGUGGGUAGCGAGGCUAUAGUUUCUGUCUGGGAUCGCAGGCAGCUGCGGAUGCGCUGGCAAAACACUGAGCUCAACGAUGAGAUUACUGCGCUGGAUUUCCAUCCCACACGAGAUAAUGUGCUACUUGCUGGGGGAGAUGAUGGCUUGGUCAGUAUUUUCGACACUCAAAUCGUCGAGGAAGAAGACAGCCUCCUCCAAGCGGUCAACCAUGGUCCGAUCCACAAAGCGGGAUUUCUCGGUGUAUCCGACCUCUAUGCAUUGAGCUCCGAUCAAAACCUUGCGCUACAUUCCCUUACUCUCGAAGACACAGAUGUAAUCGAGCCAUCUCCAAACCAACUGGGGGACUUGCGGCCCCUUGUUCCCUGCGAGUACGUGAUUGAUGUCUUCCCAACAGGCCCAGACCAUGUCGUGGCUUGCGGCUCGCACAGUGAAUCUCGGGUUGAUUUGGUUAAACUCCAUCGAGGCAGCCAACUCGAUCUUAGCGAGCGAGUCGUGCUAGAAAAUGCUCACGGUGAAGAGGUCGUCCGCUCAAUUGUUGCAGACGAAGUGAACGGGGUCAUCUUCACCGCUGGCGAGGAUGGAAGAAUUGCAGCUUUCCGACCACUGGACCUGGACGCUCAGCCUGUUUCGUUACCCAUGACCGCGGCAUCGAAAUCCAAGAAAGGCGCACCGGCCGAUGCAAGAUACAAACCGUACUGA